UGAAAGUUGUUUUUUCACUUGAUAUCUAUGGUGAGGCGAAUGCAUCAAAAAAUUUGAUGCAUCCAUUGUCUUCUGUGCGAACACGAGACAGAGCUUGCAUGAAGCCAUUCUCGUUGCCGCGAGUUGUGGGUAUCGCAGUCAUUCACUUGCGUUCGUGCCAUGAAGCUCGAGGCUUGGCGAAUUGUCAGCGGAUUGGGUUGGGCAUGGUACUCUGCGACUGGGGUACUCUGCGAUUGCGGCUGCAACUGAAUCAAGCACAAUUUAGCGAUCGGGGACAGUUCGCAGAUCGUUGUGGUCGAGUGAAUGAGGCUGUAAAUGAAUGGGCACGAGAGUUCGUAGUCAUGUGAUUUGAAUUUCUUUGUGGAGAUUUGGCAAGAAAAUUGGUAGCAAUGGCGGAUCCGGCUAACCCGAACGACGAUGCUUUGGCCAAGGCGUUGCAAUCUCUCUUUGUUAGCUUCGCGAGCGUUGUUCAAGGCGAGCUUCAGUGCUCAAACAACGAGUAUGACUUACUAAAGAGCAUGAACAUGAGGACAGCCACAGAGUACGACAAUUAUGGAGAUUUUGCCUCGGGAUUGAGUUCUUUUGUGGAGAGACUGAAACAGAAAAAUGAACGUUUCAACCAGUACUUGGAAGACAUGGAGGUCAUUGACAAACAAGUCACUGAACUGGAAGCGCUUGUAUCUACUCUCGACAACUACACGAGCAAUCUUCACUCGCAGAUUAAGAGUAACUCAAACCACGGAAUCAGACAGCAACAGUCUGGGACCUGUUGCCCGUGAUUGUGCCCAUAGGAGAGCGUGUUUUAAUAAGGGAAGCUGGCUUUAGAUCGACAGACUGAAAAGAAUCAGACUGGCGCCGUCCUCCUGCUUCUCACAUAGUCAAUGAGUUCCCGAUUGAGAGAUGUGUGUGCUCUUGACAAUACGGAAUAUUUCAACUUCGAUUGUUUGAUGUUUCCCAUCUUUUCAAAGCGUGGGUUAUCCUGACUUGCGCCGUGGGGUUGCUGUAAAACAGACUGCUGUUAAGGGUGAAAGUACCUUUCUUCAAAACUCAAAGACAAGGCUACGAGGAUUCGCACACACUCCUUUCCCCUGAGGGCUCACCUCUCUUGACUCUUAUUUCUCUUCACCGUCGGAUCUUUUUCCUUGGCUGGGAGUUUGAUUUGGAGAGAGGUCUGGCCUAUUCAACUAGUUGCACUCUACAAAUCUUGUAAACUCAGGUACCGUUUGUAAAGUCUAGAUUAUGAAGUCCGGUUGGUCUUAAGGUUCAGGUCUCGGAAGUUGGUCAAGUAUAAUUGAAGGUAUCGAGGUGUGUCAUUCCGUGUGACCUGUACAGAAGUUCUUUAUGUGGUCAAAAUUUAUUAUGACCAUUGCUGUAUAUAUAUAUUUAUGAUCGCAUAGCAUGUAACAAGCUACUUUCUUAGCACAAUAUAUGGAGCUGCCUGGUGCAUCGCAAAUUUCAACCUGAUCUCCGUGAAUGUACUAGAUUCUAGAGUUUCUGAAAGUAUUGAUUUUGUGAUCACUUUUUAGAAAAUU